AUGGACGGCGUCGAGCCGCUGCUCCCGCCCGCGGGCGGCGCCAGCCCGGUGUUCAAGGCGCCGGUGUACACCGGCGGCGCGGGCGGGCCAUACGGCGGCAGCCACCCGGCGCCGUACGCCCGGCCCGUGCGCGGCUCGUUCGACUACCCGCACCACCAUCAGGGCGGGCAGCCGAUGGGCCGCAGACAGCCCAGCUCGAGCCACUCCCGCUCCUCCUCGCUCUCCAUCAGCUCGCUCUCCCAGCACUCCUCCUUCGCCCCGGACGACCGGGGCCCGACGCCCGGCGGCGGAGCGCUCAAGAUCCUGCCCACACCCGGGCCGACGGGCGUGCCCCCGCUGACCUCCUACGGCUCCCACCCCAACUUCCACCCCGCCCCGCUCCGCUCCACGCCCGUCAGACGCACCUUCCCCAGCCUGCGCCACGCCAUGUCCCACCCUGCCUUCAGCUCCUCCUCCGACCCCGCCCCCAGGCCGCCCUUCUCCGCCUCCGGCCACCAGUACGCUUCCUACCAUCCCCAGCAGCAACCGGGCGCCUUCCCCUUCUCGCCCUUCUCCGCCCCCCCGCCCCUCUCCGCCCGCGCCUCCGUCGCCGCUGGAGCCGCCGGAACACAGAGGCUCGAGCUCGCCCCCGUCUGUCCCUCCCGCGUCGGCCACGCCCUGCCCCUGCUCUACAGGGACGAUACCCCCGUCGACUGGCCCCUCUCCGCCCCCCCCAACCCCGCCGACGACGGGCCCCCGCAGGUCGGCUUCGACCAGGCGCUCGCCGCCAUGGACACCCUCAUGCGCUUCCUCCAGGACCAGCCCACCGGGUUCGCCAGCCCCAGAGACUACAUGGUCGUCGGCGAGCUCUUCGGUACUUUCUUUCUCCCCUUACUCCGUCCUCGCUGGUCUUCUUUGCUGACUGCUCUUCGUCCUUGCUGA